AUGCACACUGAAAUAUCUGAAAGGGAUUUAUUGCAGAAGUUUUGGGAAAUAGAAGCUGAACCAAAAGAAAACAAAAAAAGGUUGUUAACUGAAGAAGAAAUAAAAUGUGAAGAAAUGUUUAAAAAUACAACUAAAAGAGAUGAAAAUGGAAGAUACAUUGUGAAGUUACCCUUUAAGUCCAGCAACCCACCAUGCAAGUAUGGUAACAGUAAAGAAAUUGCUUUAAAAAGAUUUGACAUGCUGGAUAAAAGAUUGUCAAAAAAUAAAAAAUUGCAAAAGGAGUAUAGCAAUGUAAUACAAGAUUAUCUAGAUUUAGGUCAUCUAGAAGUUGUACCUAAUAAUGAAGAGGAUGAACCUGAAGCAGUUUAUCUUCCACACCACUGUGUGAUUCGGGAAGAGAAGGAUACAACUAAAGUACGGGUUGUCUAUGACGCCUCAUGUAGGGAUAAAAAUGGGGAAUCAUUAAACAGCAAUUUGAUGAUUGGACCUACCCUGCAAGAUGACUUGCGUACCUUGAUCAUGCGCUGGCGUGGUAACCCAAUAUGCCUUGUUGCCGACAUAGAGAAAAUGUAUAGGCAAGUAAAAGUGAGCAAGGAAGAUGUAAAUUUCCAACGUAUUUGGUGGAGAGAUAUAACCAAUCCAGAAUCUGUAAUAAAAAGUUAUAGAUUACUCACGGUCACCUUUGGAACUGCGUCAGCUCCAUAUUUAGCUGUUAGAACACUGCAGCAACUUGCACGUGAUGAAGGAAGCAAUUUCCCAGCAGCAUCUGAAAUAAUCUUACAAGAUUUUUAA